AUGUUCUUCAUGCUCGGUCUCCUAUUGGACGACACGUUCAACCACGUGAUCAAGCACGCGCUCGAGAUGCCGCGUCCGCCGCACACGUGCGCGGCGCUCGAGGUGUGCGAUUCGCACGGCAUGCCGUCCGCGCAUUCGCAAUUCAUGUCGUUCUUCGCGACGUUCGCGACUCUGUCUAAAACCACCUCUUCCAUUCACCCUUCAUUCACUUGCCCCCUCCCCCUUCAUGCCCCCCUCCACUCCCACUUCAUGCCCCUCUCCACUCCCCCUUCAUGCCCCCCUCCACUCCCACUUCAUGCCCCCCUCCACUCCCCCUUCAUGCCCCCCUCCACUCCCCCUUCAUGCCCCCCUCCACUCCCCCUUCAUGCCCCCCUCCACUCCCCCUUCAUGCCCCCCUCCACUCCCCCUUCAUGCCCCCCUUCCGUUUUAUGCCCUCUUCCCUUCCUCAUCCCUCCCCCCACUCUUUCAUGCCCCCUACCCCCUCAUGCCCCGUCUUUUUUCAUGCCCCCUAACCACCCCCUCCCUCCCCUUUCUUUUCAUGCCCCUAUCAUCACCUCAUGUCACCCACCUCUUUCAUGCCCCUUAACCACCCCCUCCCUCUCCCCUCUCUCAUGCCCCCUACCCCCUCAUGCCCCCCCUUCUUGCAUGCCCCCUAACCACCCUCCCCCUCUUUCUUUUCAUGCCCCUCAUCACCCCAUGUCACCCACUUCCCUCUUGCCAGUGCGUCUGUGCCCCGGGCAUGCCCAAACCACUUACCACUCUUCGUCCAUUCACUCUCUUCACACCCGCCCCCAGGUUCUAGCAGGCUUCACCCUCGGCAACCUUUCCGCCUCCACUUGGUUCUACGCGGUCCUAGCAGGCUUCACCCUCGGAAUCCUCUUGGCCUCCACCUGGUUCUACGUGGUGCACCGUGUGCUCGCACCCUUCUUUGCUUCACCUUACCACUCUUCGUCCCUUCACUCACCAUUCACACCCGCCUUUCAGGUUCUAGCCGGCUUCACCCUGGGCAUUCUCUCAGCGUCCUUCUGGUUCUACGUGGUGCACCGUGUGUUUGCGCCCUUCUUCCCCACCAUCUCCGACAGCGUUCUAGCUGGCUUCACCCUCGGAAUCCUCUCGGCCUCCUUCUGGUUCUACGUGGUGCACCGUGUGUUUGCGCCCUUCUUCCCCGCCAUCUCCGACAGCGUGUGGGGGCGGUACCUGUGCAUCAAGGACGACUGCCAUAUCCGCAACGUGGCUGUCUUUGAGUACCUCAACUCGCAGCGAGCGAGAGAGGAGCAGCGCGCGCGAGAGAAAGCGCAGAAUGCAGAGCAGGAGAAAUUGCUGGAGAAAUCUCAGGAGAAAACGCAGGAGAAAGUGCAGCAGGGGAAGGAAGAGGAGGUGGAUGAGCAGCAGGGGGGCAAGCAGCAGCAGUCAGCAGAGGAGAGUGCACCUGAUCGAUCUGCCAAGACAGAGUAA